GGAACUGCCAUUUGGGUAAGCCCGUUUGGGAGUCUUUCAGGUGAUAUUUUUUAAUGCAAUUUACUGAGUGUGUUCUUCGUGGAAGAGUAGAUUAUCUCCACAAAAUUUCAGCUUAAAAUUCCAUAGGGAAGUUAGUCAGAUGUGGGAUUUAAAAACAUUGUGCUUUAUGUGUGUGUGUGUGUGUGCGCGCGCUUGUGUGUGUGUGUGUGUAAAUCACAGUGUUUUUAAAUAAUUUAAUUAAUUUCUUUCUUGAUUGAGUUUUAAACUGAAAUUUUGGAAAGGGAAUCUAUACUUCAUUAAGAACAUACUUGAUGGAGUAUAUGGCCCAGGAACCCCCGGCCCACAGACUCUCACUUCUCCUACACAGGCCCAUUGGGUCUAAGGAGCAUUCGAGGCCCAAAUGCAGCGGCCCAAGUCUCAAAGAAGCCCAAAAUACACACUGGGGUGCCUUCGACCUCCUUGGCCGAAAGCUCCGAAUUACACAGGACAACCAGAUUCGAGCAUGCAAAGCUACUGGGAGAAAAUGGCAGAAAAACAGGAGCCUUCGGCACUUUGAUGCCCUCGGCAUCAGGGAAGCCUUCGGCACUCCCAUGCCUUCGGCUACCCAGGGCCCUCGGCUGCGGGGGAGCCUUCGGCUUGCCGCUCAAUCAUCGAAGAUUCCCUUUGGAGACAAGCAACCACCGCAUUUAAUGCAACGUCACAUCCACCCACCACAUUCAAUGUGGUGCACAUGCGACUGCCAGUGCCACCCGAUUGAGGUAACCCCUCGGCCGUUGGAUUAUAGCCACGUGUACUCUCAUCGCAUUUAUUACUACUAUAAAUAACACAUCAUUCCCCCAUUGUAAAGGACCAGAACAUCUCGAGUUCAUAAACAUAAUCGCCUCUCUCUCCUACUUGUUUGCCCUGACUUCUCUCUAGGUUAUUCCCCGCAAUAACCCCCGGAUAAGCUACCCCGGGUACACUGUCCAUCAAUACUCUCAAAAAUUCAUCAAAAAAUUCCACCUGAAAGACUCUCAAACGGGUUUGGCCAAACUGCGGUUCCUGUCAGGCGUCCUGACAGGAACGUCACUCAGUAUUUGAGAAUAAGAGUUAGAUUAUUGUGAUUUCCUUAAAACUCUUUCCACAUUUUAAAGUUUGCUACAUAUGCUUAUAAUACAUUGUUUAACGAGGAAAGUAGCAGGGUAUUGAAUAGUGAAGAACGAGUAGGGUUGGAAGAUGACACUUCCAGACUUCCAUCUUACGGCAUCUAGUUUUCCUAUGUUUGGAAGUAUUGACACUUCUAAUGCGGAUUAUUGCUUCAAGUCUCUGCAUGUUCAAUGAUCAAUCUACAUUUUGGAUGAACUUUCUAUAUCUAAUACUCCGUACGAGAUUGAUAGGACAUUUGAAUUAUUAUGAAUCCAGUGGGAAAAAACACUUCUAAUGCGGAUGAUGUUGAUGAUAAAACACGUUGUUGGAUACUUGGAUAAGCUCAACAACCCAAAUAAAACAAAGUUGAAAUAGUUUGAGCUUGUGUAAAUCAGUCUAUUGUUUAUUCUGCCAUAAAUAAGUUGAAAUGCUAAACUCAUUUUUCUCGGUAUUUUAGUGGUGUAUAAUCGUAUAUCAAUUUUCAAUUUUCUAUUGAUACAUGUGAACUUCAUCCCAUAAUUAUGAGACAAAAUUCAGUUUUAUAUAAUAAUAUACUCCGUAAUACUUUUAUCA